UAUCCUUUAAUACGGCCCACUUAAAUCUUUGAUCCUGCUCAAAAAACGGAUGAACGGAGUGGAUUCCGGACAAACAUCACGGUGGGCCCACCUAAGAUCCCGGCGCAGGAACUUCCGUGUCCGUCUUGGGUGAGGCUGGAGCCGGACCUAAUUCGCUCCCGGUAAAGGCAACUCGCGUCCACGGCGCCUCUCUCUCUUUCUCACUCUCUCUCUCCGGCCCCUCUCUCUCUCGUCACUCUCUCUCUCUCUCUUGCAUAGUCAUUCCCAACAAGAAACCCUAGAGCUCAGUCUCUCUCUUCCGCAUUCCUUUCUGCCACAGAAACCCUAGCAACGGGUCUGCGUCUCUCUCUCUCACUCCAUCUCCAUCGCAUCAGUGGGCCAUUCGUGACUUUUGAAGAAAGAAGAAGUAGAAAGAGGAAGAAAUAGGUAAUUAUAUUUGAGAACUUUUUGAGCCAUCAAAUGGAGCAAAGAUUAUCUAACAGUUGGAGAAUGACCAUCAAUGAGAGGAAAUUCAUCGAGCAAGCAUUGCUUUCUGACCUGAGGGUUGAUGGACGCCGUCUCUUUGAUUAUCGUCGGUUAACUGUCAAGUUUGGGAGAGAAGACGGUGCAUCAGAGGUGCAGCUUGGACAGACUCAUGUCAUGGGUUUUGUGACUGCUCAGCUCAUUCCACCUUAUCGAGACAGGCCAAAUGAAGGUGCACUUUCUAUUUUCACUGAAUUUUCACCCAUGGCCGAUCCUUCAUUUGAAGCAGGAUGUGCUGGAGAAUUUGCAGUGGAACUAGGACGCAUAAUAGACCGUGGGCUAAGGGAAAGCAGGGCAGUGGAUACGGAAUCACUUUGUGUCCUUGCUGGGAAGUUAGUGUGGUCUAUUCGUGUUGACCUUCACAUUUUGGAUAAUGGAGGGAAUCUUGUUGACGCUGCUAAUGUUGCCGCUUUGGCUGCGCUCUUGACGUUCCGGAGACCUGAAUGCACAGUAGCAGGAGAAGAUGGUCAGGAAGUGACAGUGCAUCCACCUGAGAUCAAGGAGCCACUUCCGCUGAUAGUACAUCAUCUUCCCAUAGCAGUAACCUUUGCAUUUUUUGGUAAUGGCAACAUUGUGGUGAUCGAUCCUACUCACAAUGAAGAGGCUAUUAUGGGAGGAAGGAUGACUGUAACAAUGAAUGCAAAUUCUGAUGUUUGUGCUGUCCAGAAGGCUGGAGGAGAGGGCGUCAUGCAAAGUGUUAUCAUGCAGUGUCUGCGUGUUGCUUCUGUAAAAGCUGCUGAUAUGACAAGCAAAAUAAAAAAUGCUGUAGAAACUUACAAUACAGAAAGAGCACUGAGAAAGGUCAAGCGUCACUCAUCAUUGGUUGCUGUAGAUGUUGAUAGACCAGACAUCAAAAUGAGGGAGCCCCGAGAGCAAUCCAUUACUAAAAAUGUGGUUGGUGAAUUGUCAAGAGAUCAUGUGAAGAGCUUACAGGAUGACCUAGAUGACAGCCAUAGUAGUGAGAGCAAUGUUUGUAGAGCUGAAAUGGGUUCAUCACAACAAGGAGAUACCAAUGGAACUGGCAGAAGUGAUAAAAAUUUCAUCCGUGGGUCUUCAAGUUGGGAUCCAUACUCGAAGGGGAUUGUUUCAGAUUCCUUUAAAGGUCAUCUGCCCUCAACUGAUAAAGCCAUGCGAAUAGAGAAGGACUUCGAGCGUAGGGCCAAAACACGUGCUCUUAUUCGAGGUUCAGCGAGCAAAGCCAAGGCGGCACCAAUUGCAUCUCAUACGACUGAAGAGAGGAUGGAAUUAAUGUCUCACCCAACUCAUUCUUCGAUUCAGGAUAAGCUUUGCAACUAUUGUGGAAGGCCAGGUCACUUCUUGAAGCAGUGUUUUAAGAAACGGCGAGAUGAGAGGAUCUUCCCUUCAGUACAACGACUUCGAAUUAAUAUCUCACCCAACUCAUUCUUCGAUUCAGGAUAAGCUUUGUGACUAUUGUGGAAGGCCAGGUCACUUCUUGAAGCAGUGUUUUAAGAAACGGCGAGAUGAGAGGAUCUUCCCUUCAGUACAACGACUUCAACCACCAAGUUGAUGCAGGUAUAGGGCGAGCCGAUGCCGUUCGCUAGGUUGCUGGAGCAGAUCGAGUAGCUAGGGAGCUAGGCGGGGUCCUUGCAGCCCAUAUUGAGCUCCACCACUAGCUGAUAGAUUCCUGUUUCUGCUUACACGAACUUUGUUAUUUGGGAUUGUAUAAGUCUUGUAUGGGCUCUACAUUUGGAAUUUUGAAAUGAUCAGAAUGUUUUUAUUCAAUGCAUGGUUUAUUCUA